GGGGUUUGAUGCGUCACUAUUGUAUGACGCAAUUUUGUUUUAUUUUUGACGUUGUUUGGGCACGGCUGGAGGAGGAAAGAAACAGUAAAGAGCGGUCCCCAAGGGGAAGAGUGAGGAUUAUUUCCAAAACAUCCAUACCAUGCCUUCUUCGAAUCUCACAGACAGGACCUUCGCAAAUGUCUGUCACGGUCUCGGACAGCAAGUGGACGAUGAAGAUUUUUGUGACGUCACUGUGGCGGUUGGGGGAAAAACAUUCUCGUGCCAUCGAGUGGUGCUGGCCUCUGUGUCCGAGUUCUUCAAGAUGUCACUGAAACCGUAUUGGCGAGAAGCUUCCAAAGGACAGGUUGACAUCACCCACGAAGACGUCUCUCCGGAGGCCUUUGGAUAUUUGAUGGAGAUCCUCUAUAAGGGCAGAGACAUGGUUGACAAUAACACCGCAAAGGACAUCCUCAAAAUGUCUCUCUACCUGCAGAUUAAAUAUUUAGAAGAGUACUGUGUCGAGUUUCUACAAGAAAACCUUCAGCCUGCUGUUUGUUUGGGAACUUGGCUAUUUGCUCAAAAAUACGAUCUGGACAAGCUGGCUAAAACAUCCCUCAAGAUGGCUGCUGAGGAAAUUUCAAUCGUGUCGACACAGGAUGAUAUGCUGACCUUACCCAAGUCUAUGCUUCUUAUUCUUCUGUCCCUACAACAGAAACUCGUCAUGGACGAUGUCUGUAAGACCAUCCUGCGCUGGGUUGAAGCGGAUCCCGAUACAAGAAAGAUUCAUCUGGACGAACUACUUCCUUUUAUUUGCUUUACUGAGCUCAGCUCAAAUUAUCUGUGCGAGACGGUCAUCUACCUCAACCAUCCUUUCAGGGAUGUCAUGCAUGAACAAAUUAACGAAGCUUUGACUUACAACAUUAAAGGUCAACAAAAAAACGAUGUAAUAGUCAGAAGAAGGAUUCUCGCACGGCAGCCUCGGCCUCUAAACACACCGAAAAUCAAGAACCGUCUUGUUAUGUUUGGAGGUUACACUGAGAGUGACAAAACGUUGAAGAACACAUACGUUUUUAACUUGAAAAACAGUUUUAUGAAGCCUUACAUUCUCGCCCCCAUGCCUGAAGAUACUGGACUGGACUUUGCCAGUUGCACGUGGUAUAACGAGGUUUAUGUCAGCGGUGGAUCCCAGUUGCCCACCUUCUUUGCUGUCUAUAAACCAGGUGACAACGAGUGGGAGGUGCUGCCCUCUCUACCAGACGAAGGUCGAGAACAACACGCCAUGGCUGCUAUCAGUUCUUCCAUUUAUGUUCUUGGUGGACGUCAGAAAAUGGCUGAUGGCGAGAAAAUGAUUUCGUCAAGUGUCCUAAGGUACAACACAAAGACCAAAGAAUGGAGCGUGUUCUGUCAGCUGACCCUAGGUGUUCGAGAGACCACUGCCGCUACCCUCGGUCACCGCAUCUACCUGUUUGGUGGGGUGGAUAGUCAUGGAGCCACCACAGACUUGGUGCAGUGCGUAGACACCCUGGGUGGCUGCACCUAUCAAGCUGGAAGACUUCCGACACCUACGUGCGGUGCGCGUGCACUGAGCAAUGGAGGACGUAUUUACGUCGUGAGACCUGAAGGGGAUGUCUUGUCUAUGUGGGAGAGCUUUCUCUUGGCUGAAAACAUAGAAAAACAUUUGUCUGACAGGAAGAAGAAGAAAGAAAGCAAUGAUCACUCGUCUGACAUGAUCAGUUCAACAGUCAGCUUUAGAGAGGUUGGCAAGUUCACUGGACGGCGUCACUUCAGCGCCUGUUUGAAUGGAGGGGAACUUAUUGUGUGUGGUGGCGAAACAGAUGAGCAACAACUGUUGGCAGAAUUUGAAUCAAUUUCACUGGAAGACGGAAAGACUUCAAAGAAAUCUUUGACUCUAGUUACAGGGGCAGCGAAGUUUGGUCUUCAUUUAAUAAACGUCCCGCUGGCGUUCUUAACAGGAACAGCCGUCACACAUCCAUUUCGGGUUGGGGACCAAGUGGUACUUUGCCCUCGCGAACAGCAAAGGCUGCAGAGACUAUAUCCACAUUAUCGUGCAUUUCAAAUGCAAAUUCCUUGUGGAACUGGCUACAUCACAGAAAUUAAUUCUGAGUCGGUCACAGUCGAUUUCCCAAACAUUUUUAACUGGAAGGGCUCAACAACUCAACUACAGCAUGCUCCAUGAUCAUCGCAAUUACUUCCUUCAUUCCUGCUGCUUUAUCUCCAAGUAUUCUGCUAAAAUCUGGUGCUUUACUUUCAUUGCUGCUAUUUCUACUCUUACUGAACAAAUAACGGAAAAGAUUUUACAAAAGAAAUUAAAGAAGCAUUUCAUUUAAGCAAGAAAAAUGUGUAUUCAAACCAUUUAUUUUGCACUUCGGUAUUACUUAAAAGACUAUAUCCAAAUGUUAUUCGCUUGUUGUUUAAAUCGCUCAUAUCUAAAGUGCCUUAAGUGCUGUUUACAAAUUAAAAUCUUACUCCAGUAAAAAUUAGCGAUUGUACAUUUGGUAAACCUGAAUUGUGAACACUGUGUUGUACUCCUAUUGUAAACUUAGUAGAUAUUGCUUCAUUGAGUGUAUGAGUAAAAAAGAAAAAAAAGGGUAAACAAAUCCUAAACUAAGAUCAGGCAGAUGGAUAUUACUUAUCUUUGAAAGUUUGGUGUUUUAUGCUUAAAAAGUAAAAUAAACUGAUGUUGUUAAUAAAAAAUGCAAACAGAUCACCACUAAUGGAAAUAAAAGUAUUAAUUUUCCGAUCAUUAAUUAGUGAUUACUUCAUUUUCUACACAGUCUCCUGCAAUGCCAGACAUCGCUGUGUGGCGU